UGGCCACCCUCCCCACAGUCCUGGAUACACGCACAGGGAAAGCAUCCGCCGGGAUGGACAGAAGCGCCACUGCAGGCGGGAAGCCCGAGACCGCCGGCAUGGAUCUGUGCGCCCUCUACGAGAAGCUCCUGUCUCUGGGCCCGGAGCCGACGUCGGCGGCCCGUGGGGAACUGGACCCCGAGCUGGGCUGGGGCUCUCGAAGCCCCUGGAGUCCAAGCCUCGCAGACCUGGAGCCUCCUUCUCCGCCGCGGGCCUCGGCCCCCCUGACCCCCCGGCUCCCGGGUCGUUCUACCAGCUUAGUGGAGGGCCGCGCCUGGGUACCCCCGCCACCGGGCUUUGAGCCCCUGCCGCCCAGGGCCCUGCCGGCCGCCACCGCCGCGCCCUCGGAAGUCGCUCCCGGUUCCGCCUCCUCGGCUGGGGCGGCCUCCUCGUCCAGAUACAAGACGGAGCUGUGCCGGACCUUCUCGGAGAGUGGCAAGUGCCGCUACGGCUCCAAAUGCCAGUUCGCCCACGGGCCUGGAGAGCUGCGGCCAGCCAGCCGCCAUCCCAAGUACAAGACGGAGCUGUGCCGCAAAUUCUUAACCAUGGGCUCUUGCCCGUAUGGGACCCGUUGUCACUUCAUCCACUACCCAUACGACCUCCUGCCGGUGGCAUCUGGUCACCCGCCCCUGCUCCGCCAGAGUCUCAGCUUCUCUGGGAUCCCCUCCUCCGGUCGCCGGGGCUCUCCCACCCUGAGCCCUCCAGGCCUGCCGGACCUGCCUUCCCCUUCGGGCUUCUUCUCCCCUCCUUCCUCUCCGCCUCCACUGUCCACUGCCCCCGGGGAGGUCCCUUUCUCACCCUCUGCCUUCUCUGCUGCCCCUGGCCCAGUGCCCCGGGGAGCCACGGCGGGAGAAGCCUGCUGCCCCUCCUGCCGCCAGACCACGGGCACUUGGGGGCCCACAAGGGAUGCCCUGAGCCUGGGCCUGAGCCUGGGGCUAGCCCGAAGCCCCUCUGCUCACUCCCUGGGCUCUGAGCCAGAUGACCAGGCCAGCAGUGGGGGAAGCAGCCUGGGGGGGUCCGACUCCCCAGUGUUUGAGGUAGCAAUGGGGGGCGCCUUUGCCUCCUCUAACUCUCACCUCCUGGCCCCGGCUACUCCCCGGCGACUCCCCAUCUUCAACCGACUCUCUGUGUCCGACUGAACACCCCUGUUCCUCCAAACUUGGUUGAGUUGGGGAUCAGGAAGUUCCUCUCCCCUCCCGUUGCCAGCUGUGCCCAGAUGUGGAGGUCCCUCAUCUGCUUAGCCCCCAGAGCAUUCAUUCACCUCUUGCCUAGUCUCCUGGGGCAGGUCCCUAUGGGGAGCAAAAACUCUCAAAGAGGUGUUCUGGGAGUGUUGUGUUUUUUUUUUUAAAUGUAGCAUACUGAAUUGACAUACACACGCAUAUAUAUGUGUACAGCGUGUCCCAACAGUCUUAAUUCAGUUGUAAGCAUUACUAAGUUAAAACUGUACUGUCUUUGAGACACCUUGUUUAAGGGGGGGGGGUCAGAA